AUGUACCAAGUUGCUGUAGCAGCCCAGGGUGCAUUUGUAGCCAAGAUUGCCCGUCCCCAGAAGCGAGCAGGAGCCAUCCAGUUCAGCCCCCAGGCAGUGGUGGGCCAACACCAGGGCCAGACGUGCCUCAUGCUACGAGCCACCAACCUGCUGCAGCGAGCCCUGGUGGAUGUAAAGGUGAGUGCUGUGCUCUAUGAGGAGCAUGAAGGUCAGGCCCUGCACCAGACCUCUCUGGACUUCCACUUGGAUCAUCUAGGCCAACAGCCCUGUCCCUUCUUCAUUUUCCCACUCACCUUUUACCAUCCCCUGGACCGCAGCAGUCCCCUCUACCCUGCCCUGUGUGAGGGCAUGUCCAAUCACUUUGAGUUGGUGGUCUUCCUGUCAGCUUUGCAGGAGGGAACUGGCGACUCCUGCCAGAAGAGGACCUCCUACCUGCGUCAAGAAAUCCAGUUUGACCGUCGCUUUGUCCCCGCCUUGGUGCUGGAUGCUCGGGGGAGAUACAUGGUGAACACCCAGCACUUUGACACUGCCCACUCAAAGGAGCCUUUGAACAAGGACUGUGUGGUGCAGAUCAACGGGGAUGGCAGUGACAGGAUGGAGUAAGGAGGCUGAAGGUGAGGUCUCAUAGGGACAGCGGGAGCUUCAGAGGGAUAAGCGGAGAAGGUAAUAAUGGAGCUGAUAUUUUUGUGAGGAGGUACUUGUUUAAUCCUAAAUUCAGAUUUCAUUACCAAAUCAAAUAAUUUGAAAUUAAAAUGUAUGUCAGACAUGGGUGCUGCAGCUCUUCCAUCCAAUCACUUUGAGUCACAACCAGGGUAUGAUCCCCCACUGGCUUCCCACCCAUCAAUAUACGCAGUUGGUUGGAAUGCCUGGCCAGCAGGGGGCACCACUUCUGGGAAUUGUGUGGGAACAAAUGCUGUUAUUUACAAGUUGGGUGUUAUUUUUGUCGCUCUGGCCAUUGGUUCUAUCAGUUUUGAUAACAUUAUGAUAACAUACUCGGCAAGUUAAUAGCUGACAUCUCACAACAUGGCUAUAUCACUAAAAAUAUAUUUCCAGUGGGGCAAGAAACAUCGUAUUUGAAUGGUAAAAAUGGCUGUCUGUUGUAAACAACUGUCACAGUACAGGCCCACUUUCUGCUUCGACUUUGACCUACUGUACUUACUGUAGUUGUUUGCACCAAUGAGGGAUUAUUAGCCAGAUUAUGCUUGUUCUCACUUUACUUUUAAAUAAAGUGGCAGCUAAUUUGGCUAGUUUGUUUGUCAUCUGCAAUGUCCCUGCAUUCUGGGAUCUCAGCUUGCUGAGUGCAAUGUUAUCAGACAUACCUGAUAGAACGGAUGCACAAAGUUACCAAAAUAAGAACCCCUGUUUUCUUUUAAAUUGAAUCAAAAUGAAUUAUAUUUUUCUUACUAUAGUGUAAGGUUUUAUAACUGGAUCGAUUAUGA